UUCAAAAGGCUUCGCUGAGGAGGCUGUCGAUGUCCUGAUGUCCGUGUGUCGGCCAGGCUCAGCUGCAGGACGCCAAGUGCCGGUGGGAGGAGCUGCAGGGCUUCCUGCACAGCGUCAAUGCUGACAGGGAGAAGCUGCAGGCCAACAAGCAAGAGUUGCAGAACAAGCUGCUUGCAGCCGAGUCUGAGAUGGGCAACAAGAACAAGGAGAUCCAGAACCUCCACAGCAGCCUGACGGACAUGAUGGUAACCAAGGAGGAGCUGGAGCGGAAGGUCAUGCAGCUGCUGGAGGUCUCCCAGCGGCCCCCACCAGAUGACUCCUUGCAGGUGCAGGUGCAGGACCUUUUGACUGAGAAUAAAUCGCUGCAAGUCCAGAUUGAAAAUCUCCAGUCCCAGGUUGCUGCACAGACCACCACUGCCCUUCACAUCGAUGAGCUGCAGAAGCUGCUGGCUGAGAAAGAGCACCAGAGGAAGAGCCUGGAGGACUCCCUCAACACGGAGAGGAGCGCUGGGGCCAGUCGGGAGAAUGACAUGCAGGCCUUGCACACUGAGAACAUGAUGCUGAAGGCAGAGCUCCAAAAGGCACAGGCUCAGAUGGCGGAGCAGGCCUCCUCGCAGCUGGUGCUGGACCAGUUACAGAAAAGUGCCCUCGAGAAGGACGAGAAUUAA